UCCGCUUCAGUCCGCUCCGCGGCAGGAAGCGCCUGCCCCACAGGACAUCAAUGCAAGCCUGAAUAAGAAAAACCAACUUCUUUCUCCUAAGCCAUGGCAUAUCAAUUAUACAGAAAUACAACUUUGGGAAACAGUCUCCAGGAGAGCCUUGAUGAGCUCAUACAGUCUCAACAGAUCACCCCCCAACUUGCCCUUCAGGUUCUACUUCAGUUUGAUAAAGCUAUAAAUUCAGCAUUGGCGCAGAGGGUCAGGAACAGAGUCAAUUUCAGGGGCUCUCUAAAUACAUACAGAUUCUGCGAUAACGUGUGGACUUUUGUAUUGAGUGAUGUUGAAUUCAGAGAGGUGACAGAACUUAUUAAAGUGGAUAAAGUGAAAAUUGUAGCCUGUGAUGGUAAAAAUACUGGCUCCAAUACUACAGAAUAAAUAGAAAAAAAAAAAGCUUUUUUAUGCCAUCUUCUGUUGUUAUUCAUCACUUUUUGAAGAGAAGCAUAGAAGAGACUUUUUAAAUUUAUUCUAGCAUUGCGGAAAUGACUACACUGUGCUAUAUAUACUCCCAGAAUUCCAAUAGGAAGAAGCUUGUAACUAUAGCCUCUUACAUUACUUUUUCAGCAUGAAGAAACAGAAGUU